UCUUCCUUAAACUACACUCCCCUCCCCUCCCUCGCUCAAUAAAGCGAAAAAACCCCAAGCUCGCGGCGCACGUUAGCUAUCCCCACAUUUCACCUUCUUCUUCGAUCGAUUCAGCUGUCUUCGCCGCCGAACAUUGCAAGAGGGCAAUUUGAUCUCUACAGUAGAAUUGAGGUAUGCGAGGGCGCCACGUCGAAACCUUAUUGGUGCAGAAGCGUUCAUCGUCUAGGGAACAUCUCAAUGGCUAUGAUUAUGAUAGAGAAGGAUUACUAGGUUACUCACAUAGUGGUCAAACUAGCAAUCCUUCAUGGAAGCGUCCUUUGCCACAUGUUCUGGUGGCAACUAUCUCAUCAUUCUUAUUUGGAUAUCAUCUCGGGGUUGUAAAUGACACAUUAGAGAGUAUCUCUGUCGAACUAGGCUUCAGCGGCAGUACUCUGGCUGAAGGUUUGGUAGUGAGUACAUGUCUUGCUGGUGCACUUCUUGGUUCUUUAUUCAGUGGUUGGAUAUCUGAUGGGCUUGGUCGUAGGAGAGCAUUCCAGUUAUGUGCUUUGCCAAUGAUUAUUGGUGCUUCCAUGAGUGCCACAACUAGUAGCCUGGAGGGUAUGCUUCUUGGGAGGUUCUUUGUUGGAACGGGCAUGGGUCUUGGUCCUCCAGUUGCAGCACUCUAUGUGUCAGAGGUUUCACCGGCUUAUGUGAGGGGCACAUACGGGAGUUUCACCCAGAUUGCAACAUGCCUUGGACUUAUGUCAGCUCUACUCAUCGGGAUUCCUGCCAAAAAUGACCCUAGCUGGUGGAGAGUUUGCUUUUGGGUAUCUACUAUGCCUGCUACCUUGCUGGCCAUUUUGAUGGAGUUCUGUACAGAGUCUCCACACUGGCUUUACAAGAGAGGAAGAAUUGCUCAAACUGAAGAGGAACUUGAGAGGCUUUUUGGACCACCACAUGUUAAAUCUGCAAUGGCAGAAUUGUCAAAAACAGAUAAUAGAGCAGAUGAAGCAGAUGCUGUUAAAUUUUCAGAGUUACUCUACGGGCGUCAUUUUAAAGUGGUGUUCAUUGGAUCUGCCCUAUUUGCCUUUCAACAGCUAUCUGGCAUCAACGCUGUAUUCUUUUUUUCUUCAACUGUUUUCAAGAGUGCCGGAGUGCCUUCUGAUAUUGGAAACAUAUGUAUAGGAGUUGUAAACUUAUCAGGAUCUAUUGUUGCCAUGAUUCUGAUGGAUAGAUUAGGAAGGAAGCUGCUUCUUCUUGGGAGUUUCUUGGGCAUGGUAGUGGCUAUUGGUUUCCAAGUUAUUGCUGCAAGUGAUAUUAUGUCUCCCUCUAAAAAUUUAUAUUUAUCCGUUGGUGGAAUGCUGCUGUUUGUCUUGACAUUUUCUUUAGGUGCUGGGCCUGUCCCUGGUCUGCUCCUAUCAGAGAUACUACCAAGCCGAAUUAGGGCUAAGGCAAUGGCUGUCUGCAUGUCUGUACAUUGGGUGGUCAAUUUUUUUGUUGGGUUAUUGUUUCUGAAUCUGCUGGACAUGCUGGGGCCCCAAAUUUUGUACACAAUUUUUGCCACCUUUUGCUUGUUGGCGGCAGUCUUUGUGAAGAAGAAUGUUAUAGAAACUAAAGGGAAGUCGUUGCAAGAAAUCGAAAUGGCACUCAUUCCAGUUGAUUAGUGGCAUUAGGGAUCUUGAUGCAAGAGCUUUUCACUUACCUACAUUGGUAUCACCAUCUUCAACUUCAUCUGUGUGUGUGAUUAGAUACUUGAGGAUUCGUUGUCUGCCUUGGGUUGAGCAUGAGUCGACACACAUGAUCGUGUCCGUUCUUCUCCUAUGAGUGUGGCUGAGUUUUAGUAUGGCAAGCGGCUCUGCGAGUAAGAUGCAAGUGUUGUGUUGCUGGCAUUUUCUGGAGCCAAUAGAGGCAUUUUGAAAGCUUCCAGUUACAUUAGUAAUAAUGUUGAGCUGCUUAUUCAAUUAUUAAUUUAUUAUACUAUGUUGUAAGAGCUAAUUGAGUUUACGAUCU